CCUCACUACUCACCUUGUACAGUGUUUAUUUACUUUGGAGCCUACUAAGGUCAAACAUUGAGCCAGGUCCAGUCAUGUGGGUCCCUGCCUUUCAUCCCCCAUCAUUCUCCCAUCAUAUAAAAACAGCAGCCUCCACAGAGGUUUCCAGGAGUUUUCCACAGAGAGCAGCACAAGGCUCCAAGUAUCCUCGCUGAACCAAGUAAAACUUGAAUCAGCCUAAAGAUGCUUCCCCUUUUGAAACUCACCGUCCUGUGUGGCCUGCUCGUUGGCCCCUCCUGCUGCCUACUGGAUCUUUCUCUUCCAGGAACUGUGGGCUCUCUUCUGAACACCGGCCUAAGUUUAGAUCUAAAGAAGUUACUGACUUGGGAUAUCCCUUCCUUGUUAAAUAAAGUGAAGCAACUUUUAGAAAAUGGUGGGAAUUUGGUUGGCGAUGCUUUGAAAGAUCUGCUCUACAAAAUGAAAGAAAUCUUGAACGUGAAGUUUUAUAGAUUUCUACUCCUGAAGAUCGAAGCUAAAGCGGGUUUUACUCCUCUGGAUGCCUCAUUGAAAGUACCUGCAAGUGCCAUAAUUGACCUGAAAUUAGGUCCAAAUGAGGAAGAUAAUUUGAAAGUGGAUGCUUUUUUGGAGGUAUUUGUAAAAGUCAAAAUAGAGACUGAUCUCAAAACUGGUCGCGGAAUCUUGAUCUUUGGAGAAUGUUACAGUGAUGCAGCCACUCUCUCUCUAUCUGUUUUAGAAGGCAAGCAAAAGGCUCAGAACAAUUUUAUAGACUUUGGAAUUGUCAUAAAAAAAACAAUUUCUUCUGCAAUGGAGGCAAAGGUCUGUUCCAUUCUCAAACAAACAAGCAUCCUCAAGAAUGUCUCCACUAUUAAGGAAUUGAUCAGUAACGUUAACACUCAGACUUUGGUAGGCAUCUGAUGGGCUCCUUGCUCUGUCCCACCUCACAGGUUCAUGCUCUAUUGUCUUUGAUGAAUUCCCUUAUAACCUAAUCCAUGGAUGAGAUGUCUUUGAGGUCACUCAGCUUAAAUGAAGGCUUGGAUUUAUUAAUGAAUGGUGUGUCCUCGGGACUGAUUAUCUUUUGUUUUUUGUCUUAAAUUUAGAGCUUAUUUGUGAAUGGUGGGUUCUGUAUUUGUUUAAUUCCCUUGGCAAUAAAAUAGAUUUGUUCUC